AUGAAGGGCUUGAACGGCGGCAUUCCUCUCGCCGUGCUGGCGGCCACUGCGCACGCCCAGGGUGGUAUCUACAAGGGCCCCCAUGGCGAUGACACCGGCAACGCUGCCUCUGUUGGCCAUGAGAACUCUGCUUCCAACACUGCCAACCAGGACAUCAAGGAUGAUCACUCGUGGAAGGGCUACCCCGGCUGGCCUUACUAUGCUCCUCCUCCCACUUGGGGACAUCCCUGGAAGCGAGGUGAUAUCAACGAGGGCCCUACCGGCGAUGACACUGGCAACAAGGCCACCAUCGGUAUCGAGAAUGAAGCCGAGUCUGAGACGACCCAGCAGAUCAAGGAUGACCACUCAGUGAAGGGCUACCCCGGCUGGCCUUACUAUGCUCCUCCUCCCGGGUGGGGACGUCCCUGGAAGCGCGGUGACAUCCAUGAAGGCCCUACGGGUGAUGACACUGGCAACAAGGCCACUAUCGGUAUCGAAAAUGAGGCCGAGUCUGAGACGAACCAGCACAUCAAGGACGACCACUCAUUGAAGGGUUACCCCGGCUGGCCGUGGUGGAAGCGCGGCGAUAUUAAUGAGGGCCCUACCGGCGAUGACACUGGCAACGCGGCCAAUAUCGGUAUCAAGAAUGAAGCCGAGUUUGAGACGACGCAGCAUAUCAAGGAUGACCACUCAGUGAAGGGCUACCCCGGCUGGCCUUACUAUGCUCCUCCUCCCGGGUGGGGACGUCCCUGGAAGCGCGGUGACAUCCAUGAAGGCCCUACAGGUGAUGACACUGGCAACAAGGCCACUAUCGGUAUCGAGAAUGAGGCCGAGUCUGAGACGACUCAGGACAUCAAAGACGACCACUCGUUGAAGGGCCACCCGGGUUGGCCUUACUGGUGGUACCCAUACCCCGGUCAUCCCAACCCUCCUUACCACGGUGCAAACCGCCCUGCUGGCGGCUACCACACCGGCAUGAAGGAAGCCCGUGACGCCCCCGGAAGCAUCCACGAGGGUCCUCAUGGCAAGGACAUUGGAAACGUGGCCGUCAUCCCCAUCAAGAACAGCGCCAGCAACGACUUCAAGGGAUCUUACAAGGAUGACCACAGUGUGGACAUCGACUACUCCUGGCCGUGGCACCAAAAGCGCGCCUUCGCCCCUUCCGCUAGCGCUGCUAGUGAGGAUGGUGAGGAUGAGGACGUUCAGCAAUCCCCUGCAAUCACCAACAACGAAAUGAGCUACCCCGGCCAGGACUCCCACGCCGCCAACGACGCAGCCUGCCAGGCCUCCGAGGUCACCCACACUGUGACCAUGACCCGUACGCACACAGCGAUGGCCACCGAGACUGCUCUUGCCGAGGAGGACCCCGAGUUCGACGCUGCCCAGACUCCCACCUCCAGCCAGGCUGCUCAGAACCAGUACCCCAGCCAGGCCAUCCAGAACCCCAAUAUCCACAGCAACAUGGCCAGCCAGCCGGCCCCCGUCUCUACCCCGGUUGCGCAAGGCUCCCAGGCCUAUGCCCCCGAGCCAACCCCGAACCCCAACGUCCACAGCGACAUGGCCACCCAGGCUGCCCCAAUCCCCACCCCCGCUGCGUACGGCUCUGAGGCGUCUGCGCCCUCGCCCACCUCGGGGGCCUACCACGCGCCCGCCGAAUCCGAAAUCACCAUGGGCACCGCCGGCGCCUACACCGUGAUCCCCGUGUACGUGCCCGAUGGCGCCGCGCACGGCUCCGUCGUCAUCCAGGCUAGCAGCACCCCUGCUUCAUCUUCUAGCCUGCUGUUCCACGCGCGCCCCACCGGCGCCUCGCCCGAGCAGAACGCCGCCUCGUCGUCCUCGGCCACCCCCUCUUCUUCCCACGGCCCCGUUGCCUUCACCGGUGCUGCUGGAAAGCUUGCUCCCUCUGCUGGUGUCUUCACGGCCCUUGCUGGUGUUGCUGCUCUACUUGCCUUUGCUCUGUAG